AUGUUGGAUCAUCUCAGAGCUCGGAGCAGGAGUCUGUUCCCCGGCAGCCGGGCACAAGCUGUCAAAGAACCACAUGACUACGUGGACCUGAGCAACACUUUUGUGAAGCCAUGGAGCUCCAUGCAGGACCUCAGCAGGGACAUCUAUGAUCUUUACACUGAGUACGAAGAAGAAGAGGACGAUGACCGAUGUCUGGUGUCUCAGUCUCACCUGCUGCUCUCUCCAAACAAAAACUUCAAUCUCAACAUCAAUGUUGGAGGAACGGUGUACCACCUGCCCUACAGGUUAGCUGCCAGGUAUCCAAAGACAAGGAUCGGAAGGUUGGCCACAUACACAGACCACAGCAGGAAGCUGGACCUGUGUGAUGACUACAUCGUCCAGAGCAAAGAGUUCUUCUUUGACAGGGAUCCUAAAAUCUUCCACUACAUCUUCAACUUCUACAGAACUGGAGUGCUGUGCAUCAAAGAUGAGAUGUGUCCUCGAAACUUCCUAGAGGAGAUCAGCUACUGGGGCGUGAGGAUCAAAAACAGUCAGCGCUGCUGUCGGAUCUCCUUCGAGGAGAGGCAGGACGAGCUGAACGAGCAAUUGAAGAUACAGAGACAGUUGAUUAAAGAGGUGGAGAUGGAGGAGAAUGAGGCGUUGUUUCACGACAUGGCCUUUGGGUCAACCAGAAGGAAAAUCUGGAACCUGAUGGAGAAGCCGUUCUCUUCAAUAACCGCCAAACUGAUGGGCGUCGCCUCCUCGAUGUUUGUGCUCAUCUCACUUGUGGCCAUGACGCUCAACACUGUGGAUGAGAUGCAGUACAAGACGGCAUCAGGACAGCCCAGUGGCAGAUUCUACGGCGAGCACAUGGAGACUUUCUGCAUCGCCUUCUUCACCCUGGAGUACGUGCUGCGCCUGGUCUCAACUCCAGACAUCAGGUGUUUUGGACGCAGCAUGCUGAACACAGUGGACCUCAUCGCCAUCCUGCCACACUACCUGCAGAUGAUCCUGGAAUACUUUGAAGACGAGGACAUUCACCGACACGCAGGGGACAUUGAGACGGUGGGACGGGUAGGAAAGCUGGGUCAGGUCUUGAGGAUCAUGCGUCUGAUGAGAAUCUUCCGGAUCUUGAAGUUGGCGCGUCAUUCGACAGGACUCAGAGCGUUUGGCUUCACACUAAGACAGUGCUACCAGCAGGUGGGUUGUUUGCUGCUCUUCAUCGGUAUGGGAAUCUUCAUGUUCUCAGCUAUGGUGUACACUGUGGAGCAUGAUGUUUACAACACGAACUUCACUUCCAUCCCGCACUCAUGGUGGUGGGCUGCUGUGAGUAUUUCAACCGUGGGCUAUGGUGACAUGUUUCCAGAGACCAACCUUGGCCGAAUCUUCGCCUUUGGCUGCAUCUCCUUUGGCGUCAUCCUGAACGGGAUGCCCAUCUCCAUCCUCUACAACAAGUUCUCUGACUACUACGCCAAGCUCAAGUCCCACGAGUACACCGCUGUCACUAAAGCUCGGGGGAAGGUGCACUUUGCCAGGAGGGCGGCCAAGAAGCUGGCUGAGUGUUGCGAGGACGCCGUUCAGCCGAGGACGUCUCACCUGAAGAGAGGAGAAAAAAGAUUAAUCUACAGAAGGAACUUUCAGGACAACAGAGACUUUGUGGACUAA